CCCACCCCCAAACUAAUUAGAAAUUCUAGUUCCACUUCCUAGCUUGCAGCCUCCAUCCCUUUAAAAGACUAGCAUGCACAAGAAGUCUUACAAGACACAAAACAACUCGAAUCCCUUAAUUCUCUGAACAGAGGGAGCAAUGGCUUUCCGUAGGAUGCUCUUGUACGUGGCAUGUGUUGUGAUGUUAUCGAAAAUGGCAGCAGCAGCAGUAGCAGCUUCAUUAGCCAAGCCAAACUGCCAGCCCCGUUGUGGAGAUGUUGACAUCCCUUUUCCAUUUGGCACAACGGAAAAUUGCUACCUUAAUAAUGAUUAUUUUAUCAGUUGUAGCAAUUCCAAACCACUGUGGGGAAAUAUUGAAGUCACCAACAUUUCCAUCGACAUAGGCGAGCUAGAAAUCUCUAUUUUGAUAGCCUAUCAAUGUUACCAAGACUCGAGUGGUGUGCCUGUGCGUGUAAGCACGCCCUUUCUCACUUCCCCCACUUCCACAAUUUCCAACACCAAAAACAAGUUCGUCGCUGUCGGCUGUGACACUUACGCCUACCUCAAUGCUUACCGGAACAAUGAAGCCUUCUCCAUUGGCUGCAUGUCUAUAUGUCGAAGUCUUAAAAAUGUCGUCGACGAAUCUUGCUCUGGAAUUGGGUGUUGCCAGGUUGAGAUUCCGAAAGGAUUGAAGAACUUUACUUUGGAAGCUGAUAGCUAUCACGAUCACAAAAAUGUCUCUAAAUUCAAUCCAUGCAGCUCUGCUUUUGUGGCUAAACAAGACAAGUUCAAAUUCUCCUCUGACUAUCUUCAACGCCUGCGACACGUUAAUGAGACUGGUCCAGUGGUUCUUGAUUGGGCAAUCGGUAAUGAAAAAUGUAUAACUGCUCGGAGCAAGCCGGAUUACGUUUGUGGACGGAACAGCGCAUGCUAUGAUCCCCAAAACAUUGAUGGGUACCUUUGCAAGUGCAAUAAAGGUUAUGAAGGAAACCCAUAUACCUCCAUCAAGAUUGUCAAGGUACAUAUUGAUGAGUGCCAAGUUCAGAAACCAGCUUGCAAUGCUACUGCGAAAUGCACCAACACUGAAGGAAAUUUCACAUGUACUUGUCCCGACGGAUACGAUGGCGAUGGAAAUAUUAACGGAACAGGUUGCAGUCGGCCUAAAGCCCGCGGCAGCCGUGCCAAGAAAAUUAUUAUUGCACUAAUUGCUAUCAGCAUCGGCCUCUCAACAUUGUUUGUGGUAGGUUCUUCAGUACAUUGUGGACUGAAGAGAAAAAGACUUCUCAAGCUGAAAGAGAAAUUCUUCCAACAAAAUGGUGGCUUGUUGUUGCAACAAAAACUCUCGAAUGAUAGAACUUCCAUGGAGACGGCCAAAAUCUUUAGUGCGGAAGAACUUGAAAAAGCUACAAACAAUUACGAUGAGAGUAGGGUACUUGGUCAAGGAAGCUAUGGAACUGUUUAUAGAGGAGUCUUACCAGAUAAUAAACUGGUCACCAUUAAAAAAUCAAAACUUUGUGAUCAGAGCCAAAUUGAGCAAUUCAUAAAUGAGGCGAUUGUGCUUAUCCAAAUUAACCAUAGAAAUAUGGUUAAGCUAUUAGGUUGUUAUCUAGAAAUAGAAGUGCCAUUACUAGUUUAUGAAUUCAUCACAAAUAUUGGAACUCUUUCAACCCACAUUCAUGAUAAAGUCCUAUCAUCCUCACUAUCAUGGAGAAAGCGUUCCGAGAUAGCAGCAGAUAUUGCAGGAGCACUUGCAUACUUGCAUUUUUCGACUUCCAUGCCAAUUAUACACAGGGGUGUUAAACCUGCAAAUAUACUUUUGGAUGAUAACUAUUCUGCAAAGGUGUCUGGCUUUGGAACUUCAAGAUUGGUCCCACUUGAUCAAACACAAUUCACUACUUUGGUGAAGGGAACUUUGGGGUACUUAGACCCAGAAUCCUUCCAUAGUAGUCAACUUACAGAAAAAAGUGAUGUCUACAGCUUUGGGGUUGUUGUGGCAGAGUUAUUGACAGGUAAGAAAACACUUUCUUUUGAUAGGCCUGAAAGUGAAAGAAGUUUGGCAGUAAUCUUUAGUUCUGCAGUAAAAGAGGAUCGCUUACAUCAAAUUCUUGAAGACCAUAUUGUAAGCGAUAGUAAUAUUAAUGAGAUAAACGAAGUUGCUAAGUUGGUAAAGCAGUGCUUAAAUUUAAAAGGAGAGGAUAGGCCAAAUAUGAAGGAGGUGGCAAUGGAGCUAGAGGGGUUGAGAAAGCAUCAACGGCGAAAGUUUGAUCUAUACAAAAGAUGCUGAUCAAUGCUGCGUCAGUACUCCACCAACACAGUACUCUUUCAGCAAUAAUGGUUGCUCUUCUACCAGCCCAACAAUGGGGUAUGAAAGUAUGAGAAACCAAGACUUGAAACCAUUAAUAUUGAACGAUGGUAGAUGAUCUGGAAACCAAGUCAGUUGCUUAUAUAUAUAUAUAUAUAUAUAUAUAUAUAUAUAUAUAUAGACACACACACACACGCUCUCUUUCAUUUUCAUGUCUAACAUGUAAUGUCUUCUUUCUACCUUCCCUUUUCUGUCAUAAAGCGUCAUUGCUAUUAGAUCAUGUACCUAGCUCGCAAUUAAAUGUUUUAAAUGAUGUUGUAGUGUUGUCAUUUUUCAUUCUGUUUUUGUGAUCUAUAAUAUUAA